AGCGAGAGAACCACCAACGAAGAAAUCAGGCUUCAGGCACAGUUAGCAGUGGCUCGGACAUUAUGGUGUAGAAGAGAAGUAGUAAACAUGGAUAAAAAGAAGAAACCCUUCGAUGUGACUGCUUCAUCGCUGGUGGACCUUAAAGCUGAACUGUACAGAAAGCAGGAACAAUUCAAACAAGAAAAACUCGGCCAUGAAAAUACUGGUGCUGGAUUCACAUCAAAAUCCAAACUCAAGAAACCUAAUGUCUGGAGCAAACAAAACGCUGGCGUUUCAGCAAGAGCUGAAAAAGAUGCAGAGCAGCUGACCGAGGAGCAGUGCAGCCUGGAUACAUCAAAAUCUAUUUUGAGUCUAAACAGAUCAUUGAUGCCCCUUUCAGUGUUUGCUCAGUCUUUGUUUCUCAAAGCUAUAUCUUACAUCUGCCCUGUCCUUCAGACAACAGACCAGCGCACUAAGAGGGAACAUCUGAAGGACAAGAGGCAGGUCAUCCUGCAGGCCCGACUGGCCAAGGUGAGGCAGAGGAAGAUGAAGAAGGCCAAGCUGGAUGGCACCGAGGAUGAGCAAAGAGCGGAGGACAAUGAAGUCCUAGAUGGUGAGGACAAAGGUGAAUUAAUAGGACCCUCGCCUCCACCAGAGGACUCCUUGGAGGUUAGCAGACUGAAGAAGGUGGAAGUGGAGAUCCAGGAAAGAAAGGACACCAAACCAGGAGUUCCUCAUGUCAGAGAAUGGGACAGAGGCAAAGAGUUUAUGUUUAGUGAGUGGACAACUCGGCGCCGCGAAGAGCGAGAGUCAGAAUUUGCACCUCCCUCUGCGUACUUUAAUGAGGGGAAGAGAGAGAGACCGGGGAGGAAUAAAACUCAGCAGAAUAAAUCCAAGAUGUCCUUCAAGUGGACCAAAAGCCCAGGAGGAACCUCUGAGAGCAAAGAGGAGCCACAGUUUCAGCCUAAAACUGCUCCUUCACCUCCUCAACCUCAACAAAAUCCUCCACCUCCUUCACAUCCACAGAACUCCUCGCAAAAUCCUCCACCCCCUUCCCAUCCACAGAACUCCUCGCAGUCAUCCCCUUCAGAUCACCCAGCAGAUUCAGCUCCUGUGUCUACUCCUCCUUUUCAUCCCCACUAUCCCCCUCCUUCAUUUUAUCCUCCACCCCUGCCUCAGUUUGCUGGACCACCUCACCUACUUCCUCCGUUUCCCCCACAGUACCCGAACCAGUAUCACCCCCAGUAUCCCGCUCAAUAUCCACCUCCGCUGCAGAGCCAGUCUCCGCCUCAGCAGCCCCCACAGCCUGUAGACCUCAGCCACGCCCGGCAGCCUGCACAGAGUCUAGACGACAUGCUCUCCUUCUACAGGAACACUACCUGAUCUCUAAGAUAUCAUGUAUGCUUUGUAGUUGCUUCAUAUUGAGAGUGUAAAUACUGCGGUUUCCUUUUUCUUUUUAGGAAAUCAUAGAAAAAUCAGAACACAAAUUCUCAGCUCUUUGGAGUUUAAGCAUUUAAUAAAUAUCAGGAGUUUAACUGGA